AUGGCUUUCAUCUCCUUCCCAUCGACGUUUAUCGGCACUAAUGUCAAAGCCGCAUCGUUUUCGCGACGGUCGCGUUCUGCCGUGCGCACAACUCCCAUUGCUUCUGCCGUCCCGCGCAAUGCAAAUCUCAAGAAGCUGCAGGCUGGAUAUCUGUUUCCUGAGAUCGGUCGCCGGCGCCGUGCAUACCUGGAGCAGAACCCUGGUGCAGAUAUCAUUUCGCUUGGCGUUGGGGAUACCACGAUGCCGAUCCCGGAACACAUUUGCUCCGGGCUUGUCGGCGGAGCUUCAAAGCUCGGCACGGAGGAAGGGUACUCGGGUUAUGGUGCUGAGCAAGGCAUGGGUCCUCUCAGGGAGAAAAUUGCUCAGGUUUUGUACAAGGGGACCGUUAAGUCGGACGAGGUUUUCGUUUCAGACGGUGCGAAAUGCGAUAUUUCUAGACUGCAACAGGUCUUCGGUGCCACCGCGACCGUUGCCGUCCAGGAUCCGAGUUACCCAGUUUACGUCGAUACAUCGGUUAUGAUGGGGCAGACAGGCCUUUAUGAUGAGAGCAAGGGUCAGUUUGAAGGAAUUCAAUACAUGCAAUGCGAUGCGGAGAACGACUUCUUCCCGGAUCUGUCUAAGGUCAAGCGCACAGAUCUCAUCUUCUUUUGCUCCCCGAACAACCCCACGGGUGCUGCUGCCACCCGCGAACAAUUAACACAACUGGUCAACUUUGCGAAGAAGAAUGGAAGUAUAAUCAUUUACGAUGCUGCCUACGCUCCCUUCAUUAACAACCCAGACGUCCCUACUAGUAUCUACGAGAUCCCAGGCGCCAGGGACUGCUCGAUCGAGGUCAACUCGUUUUCCAAGUAUGCUGGAUUUACGGGUGUGCGUCUUGGCUGGGUUAUCGUUCCUGAUGAGCUCAAAUUUGCAGAUGGAAGUGCCGUUCGUGACGACUUCAAUCGCAUCAUGUCAACGUGCUUUAAUGGUGCGAGCAGCAUCUCCCAGAACGGGGGGCUUGCAUGCUUGGAAGAUAGCGGUCGUAAGGAAAUUGAGGAUCUGAUUGCCUACUACCUCGGCAAUGCUGCUGUUCUGCGCAAGACCAUGCUGGAACUUGGCUUCAAGGUUUAUGGUGGGACUGAUGCGCCUUAUAUCUGGGUUGGUUUCCCUGGGAAGAAGAGCUGGGACGUUUUCUCGGAGAUCCUUGAUAAGGCGCAAGUCGUCACGAUCCCUGGUGCUGGGUUUGGCCCAGGCGGAGAGGGUUACCUCCGUCUGAGUGCAUUUGCUCCUCGGGAAGCGUGUGAGGAGGCCUGCAAGAGAUUGCGCGCUAUGUAUGCCGGUGUCCCAGCCGCAUAGAUGCGUAGGGACACCUGAUGCAGGCUUGGAGCUGUACGUCUGAGUCAUUACCGUAGAUACAUGGAGGGCCGAGGUUGCAGCUCCUGGCUCGUUUGACGAUUCCAUUGCGUUCCGCGAGUCCGUAGAGAUAGCUUAGGUUCACCAGGGGUGCAUCAGUCUUCUGUAAAUCUGACACAGCGUUGGCGUGGGAGACGAA